AUGGCAAGGCAAAGCUCGUGGUUUAGGCUCACGUUCAAUGAGGUUGAAAACAAGUUGGGUGAUUUGGGUAAACGGCUAGGCAGCAUGAACCUUGACGAGUUGCUUAAGAAUGUGUGGUCGGCCGAGGCAAGCCAUUCUUCUGGAAUGGACCCCACUAGUGCUUCCUCUUCGGCCUCACUCCAGCACCAGGCUAGCCUGUCACUAGCGAGGGCGUUUAGGGGGAAGACAGUGGAUGAGGUGUGGAGGGAUAUCCAGCAAGGACAAAAGACUAGAUACAUGGACGAAAUGAUUAGCCACGAAAGGGAGCCGACUCUUGGGGAGACUACUCUGGAGGAUUUCUUGGUGAAAGCAGGGCUUUAUGUGGCUGAUACUUCUCUUGGACCUGCUAUGGGGUUGGACAACACAUUAGCUCCACAGACUUUCACGCCUCAAAUGGGUCUGUCUCCUUCUCCUUCGAUUGAUACAUUAUCGGAUACACCAAUCCCAGGCCUGAAGAGGUACACUGGAGACUUUGACAGGACCCUUGAGAGAAGGCUAAGGAGAAAGAUUAAAAAUAGGGAGUCUGCUGCACGCUCCCGGGCAAGAAAGCAGGCUUACCACAAUGAGUUGGUGAGCAAGGUUUCCCAUCUUGAAGAGCUAAACACGAAACUCAAGAAAGAGAAGGAAUGGGAGAAUACGAUGGCUCGCAAUUUUGACAAACCAAGAUAUCAGCUUCGAAGAACAAUGUUCUUUAGUUGGGUGGAUGAAUUACAGAUUACCAUCGAGGAAGAGCAGAGGAAUUUAAUAGAGGAAAUGCGAACAUCAGUUGAUGAGAACAGGACUGGAGUUGAGGAUGGCACGGGGGGUCUCGAAGCCAUGGCUCUUGAUUAG